UCUCGGGCUAAUCGCUGCAGGAUCGCCAAGAAAAAGUGGAGCUCAAGCGACAUUUUUUGGGGGGGGAUUUAUGAACUUUUGGUUUGCGUGUGUUUUCAAAUUAGAGAUGUAAAAAGGGUAUUCAAGUUGGAUAAAUACCUGAGUGAGUGGUGAAUGACUUCCGCUGGCCGUGCGUCCUCCACCCAGCGACACCCACGGAGAGCGGCAGCAGCAUCAGCCCGGCCGACAUGAACCUGAUCGGGGGCUACCAGCACCACCACCACCUCAUGCACGAACCUUUCCCGUUCGUGCAGCGCUGCCACCAGGACGCGCCUUACUUCCAGAGCUGGGUGCUCAACCACGGCGAGGUGCCGCCGGACUUCCAGAUCCAGGCUCCCUACGCGGCCGGGGAGCUGGCGCCGGCCGCGGCGCACGAUGCCCGCCUGGAGAGCCUCCAGGCGGGGAUGGCGAAGCGGCGAGCGUCGGGGCCCAAGAAGGAGCGCCGGAGGACGGAGAGCAUCAACACGGCGUUCGCCGAGCUGCGGGAGUGUAUCCCCAACGUACCGGCGGACACCAAACUGUCCAAAAUAAAAACGUUACGCUUGGCCACAAGUUACAUCGCCUACCUGAUGGACGUCCUGGCCAAGGACUCUGGAGAGACUGAGGGCUUUAAGGCCGAAAUUAAGAAAUUUGAGAACCGGGAUCUGAAAAGGAAGAGAGAGCUGAAUGAAGGCCCACAGGACUCCUUCGGUGCCGAGAAGAAGGUAAAGGGCAGGACCGGGUGGCCACAGCAAGUUUGGGCUCUGGAGCUCAACCAAUAACGUAAAAAACCCAAAAACAGACAAAACCACUUGACUGUACGCGAACGCAUCAUCUGUUGGAUCCCGCAGAAAAAAGUAAAGACAAAAGACUUUUUCCCUCUUCUUCUGGUGUUUAUUAAAUGUAUAAUAUUUAUCCCCUCCAUGUUGUCGUCUUGGUGUCGCAAACAUCCAUUGCAAAAACUAUAUUUGACACUAAGUUUAAAUUAUGGAAUAAAGUGGCGUGGAAGUGCAUCAGUAUAUGUUGUAAAAUGAGAAAUUUAAAUUAUUUUUUUCCAGGUGCAGAUUUUGUUUGUUGUUGCUUUUGCAUUUUUGUUAAUGCUGCAUCACAUUUUACUGUAUUUUUUUUGCAAAAUAAUUUGAUGCUUUUCUUGAUUUUUUUAUUAUUAUCCAAUGGUUACAAAAUUUGUGUUGGAACGAAAACUUUGUUUCAUAAGUCAGGAACGACUGGUUAUUGAUUUUAAAGGUAAAUGCAAAAUAUAUUAUGGCAAAUCUGGGUCAAAGUUCAUUAACCAAAUAGCAGUAAUUUAAUUGACCAUAAUAAACAUUGACUUUUUGUGUGAAGCCAUAUUGAGGCAUAAACAUAUAUUUUUAGCGGCUGAACAAAUGUUAAAUAUGUGUAAUAAUAUGUUCUUUGUUGUUGACUCAAUCUACCUCAAAGCUUAUAUCCUGAAGACACAUGAGAAUGUCCCACUUGACGCACAGCAGCCUUUCACUCCAAAAAGGGCAAACGCAGAAACAAAAACAUUUCAUUAAAUGGUUUAUUAUGUUAAAUGUGGAUGAAAUGUACAUUAGAUGUGAAGCUAUUAUAUAGAGGUCCGUAAAUAAAUGAAUUA